CACUAAUUCUCUAAUUUUCGCCAUUGUGUGAUUUAGACACGCGUCUGAGCAUAAAAAACGCGAAAAGUUUAUUUUCAAGCGUAGCACAAUUACAAACCGCUUGUAAUUGUCGUGGCACAAGCAGGCCAUAUAAGUUCGAAGUGAAUCGAUUUAAAACUUGAACAAAGAAACUCUGUGAGAAGUACAGACCUCAUUUGAAAUUUCACAUAAGAACGUAGUAGCUUGUGGAACGUAAGAAGUUGUCGGAAAAACUAAUGAAAAACGUAUAGACACAAAGUGCAACACAAAUACUAAAGAAAGAGAGUUUUCCCAUAUCUUUUUUUGUCGAAAAUAGCAAGUGUGCACCCGAACAAAGCGUAACAACUGCGAAAUUUUCCUAAACGGAAAGCAAGAAAAAACAAGCAACUGAUUGGAGGAUAAUAUGAGUAAUGCUAUUAACCAAAAUGGCACAGGUCUAGAGCAGCAAGUUGCUGGUCUGGACUUGAAUGGCGGCUCAGCUGACUACAGCGGCCCCAUAACAAGCAAGACUUCCACUAACUCGGUCACCGGUGGUGUUUAUGUGCCCCCGCAUCUUCGUGGUGGUGGUGGCAACAACAACGCAGCGGAGGUAGACAGCCAGGGCCAAGGCCAGGGCUUCGAUUCUAGAGCCGCUAAUCCGCGCGCCGACAGCAGGGAACCGCAGCAGAAUCGCAGCGGUGAGUAUCGCAGAGGCGGAGGCGGCGGUGGUCGUGGCUACAAUCGCCAGAGCGGCGAGUACGGAAGUUUUGGCGGCGGAGGACGACGUGGAGGAGGUAGUGGCGGUCGCUUUGAGGACAACUACAACGGUGAUUUCGAUUCGCGUCGUGGAGGCGACUGGAAUCGCAGUGGUGGUGGCGGCGGACGAAGCUUCGGUGGGGAUCGGCGAGGUCCCUCGUAUCGCGGUGGUGGAGGCGGCAGUGGUACCGCCCUUGACGAACAGCCCGAUGAGGGCCAACAGCAGCCGCAGCAGCCACGCAAUGACCGCUGGCAGGAGCCAGAGCGCCCAAGUGGCUUCGAGGGCGCUGUCGAAGGCGGAGCUCCGGGAGGCGGCGGAAACAGAUCGUUUAACAAUCGCGGCGAACGCGGAGGCGGCUCUGGCUACAACAGUCGCUGGAAGGAGGGCGGAGGCGGCAACACCGACUACACAAAACUGGGAGCCAGGGACGAGCGCUUGGAGCAGGAGCUGUUCGGCGUUGGCAACACGGGCAUCAAUUUUGACAAAUACGAGGAUAUACCCGUGGAGGCGACGGGCCAGAAUGUUCCACCCAAUAUCACAACGUUCGAUGAUGUGCAGCUGACGGAGAUCAUUCGCAACAACGUGAGCCUUGCGCGUUAUGACAAACCGACACCGGUGCAGAAGCACGCCAUACCGAUCAUCAUCAGUGGACGUGAUCUGAUGGCCUGUGCCCAGACCGGCUCCGGCAAGACGGCCGCCUUCCUCGUGCCCAUCCUUAACCAGAUGUACGAGCACGGUAUGUCGGCGCCGCCGCAGAACAAUCGACAGUAUAGCCGGCGCAAGCAGUAUCCGUUGGGUCUGGUGCUGGCACCGACCCGCGAGCUGGCUACCCAGAUCUUUGAGGAGGCCAAGAAGUUCGCCUACCGUUCUCGUAUGCGUCCGGCCGUACUCUAUGGCGGAAAUAACACCAGCGAGCAGAUGCGCGAGCUGGACCGGGGAUGCCAUUUGAUUGUGGCCACUCCGGGCCGAUUGGAGGACAUGAUUACGCGCGGCAAGGUGGGUCUGGAAAACAUUCGCUUCCUGGUGCUGGACGAGGCCGAUCGCAUGUUGGACAUGGGCUUCGAGCCGCAGAUUCGUCGCAUCGUGGAGCAGCUAAAUAUGCCACCCACUGGCCAGCGUCAGACGCUUAUGUUCUCGGCCACAUUCCCAAAGCAGAUUCAGGAACUGGCGAGCGAUUUUCUCAGCAACUACAUUUUCCUCGCCGUGGGCCGCGUGGGCUCCACGUCCGAGAAUAUUACUCAGACCAUUCUCUGGGUCUACGAGCAGGACAAGCGCUCGUAUCUGCUCGAUCUGCUCUCGUCCAUCCGCGAUGGACCCGAAUACAGCAAGGAACACCUGACGCUCAUUUUCGUGGAGACAAAGAAGGGAGCGGACUCGCUGGAGGAGUUCCUCUAUCAGUGCAGCCAUCCGGUGACCAGCAUCCAUGGCGACCGCACCCAGAAGGAGCGCGAGGAGGCCUUGCGCUGCUUCCGCUCCGGCGAUUGCCCGAUUCUGGUGGCCACAGCUGUGGCCGCUCGUGGUCUGGACAUUCCACAUGUUAAGCAUGUCAUCAACUUUGAUCUGCCCUCGGAUGUGGAGGAGUAUGUCCAUCGCAUUGGUCGUACCGGCCGUAUGGGCAAUCUCGGCGUGGCCACGUCCUUCUUCAACGAAAAGAAUCGUAACAUUUGCUCGGAUUUGCUGGAGCUGCUGAUCGAGACAAAGCAGGAGAUUCCCAACUUCCUGGAGGAUCUGAUGAGUUCGGAUCGUGGACACGGCGGAGCUAAGCGUCGUGGAGGUCCGGGCGCACGCUACGGCGGCUCUGGCUUUGGCUCUCGCGAUUACCGCCAGGGCUCUGGCGGCGGCGGCGCCGGCGGAAGCUUCCGCAGCAAUGGAAACUCGUAUGGAGGAAACUCUGGUGGUGGCGGAUACUACGGCAGCAGCGGCGGUGGUGGCGGAUCCUAUGGCGGCUCGUACAGCGGAGGAGGAGGUGCCGCUACCUCGCACUCAGGUAACGGUCCGGAUUGGUGGGGGGCUCAAUGAGAAAGGCCUCAUCCGCAGGGCCAGGGGUACCAACGGGCUGUGUACGCCACGCCGAGGGAGCAGCAGCAGCAGUCGCAGCAGCAACAGCAGUCGCACUCGCAUCAUAGCAACUUUCGCAAUUAACUAAAGAGAAGAGAUCAGUUGGUCGUCAGUCGAUAGCAGCUAUAUAUUAUGUACACACACAUACAUAUAUUAUAUAGGAACAGCAAAUGUGAAGAGGAUCUGUCUGUGCGCAGCGCAACACACACACAAAAAACAGCAAAACACACACAUAAACACACGGACACACAGAAAUAAGAUCUAGACCAUCCUCAUAUAUCAUUUAUCAGCUAUCCCAGCAUGUCCAACCACAAUCACAACAAUAACCCAAACCCAAACCCAAUAGAAGCAAAAAUAAUAAAUAGUAAACAAAUCAAAUAAAAAUAAAGUAUGUUAUUCAUGCAACGAGGGAGAGAGAGAGAGAGCGUACACUCAGGCCCAUCCAUGCCCCAACAACAAUUUCUACACACACACACACACACAUAUUACAAAUAUGAUAAACACCACAAUAUAAGAAAUAUUUAAGCAACUGAUACAAUUUUGAAUUUUUGUCCAUAAGUUAUACUUCUCACACAUCAUUUCUCUUGGAAUUUUCAAAUACAAAUAUAUAUGAAUAAA